GGGCGGGUGGCGGCGGCCGGUGCGGCGCGGCGCGGGCCGCGCGCUCCCCGCCAGUUGUGACGCGGGGGACGGGGGAGAGCCGGCGCGGUGCACGUGAUCUGGGAUCGGGACUCCCGACGGUGGGAAAAGGGCGUGUGAGAGGAGCCACGUGAUAUCGGCCACGCGUGGAGAUCAGCCGAGACUGGUGCAUGGCCGUGACUGAUCCCUCAUGAGCGGAGGAGGGCGCCGCGGGGAGGCCACCUCUUGCGGACGAUAUGGAGCCGGAGCUGCAGUGUCCGGUGUGUCUGCGGCAGCUGGUGCGGCCCGUGCUGCUGGCCUGCUCGCACCCCGUGUGUCUGGGCUGCGCGCGCUCCCUGGCGCGGCCCUCGGACGAUGAGCUGGACAAGGAGUCGGUGUACAGCGAGGCGGACAGCGGCGUGGUGUGCGGCAGCCGCGGCAGCAGCGCCGGCGGCCCGGAGCCCGGCUGGGUGAGCUGUGUCACCUGCGGCCGGCCCUCUCCGCUGGACGCGCUCCGGCCGUGCCUCCUGCUGGAGCGCCUGCUGCCGCUGUUCGGCCGCGCCUCGGCGCCCGUCAGCUGCCAGCUGUGCGAGGGCGAGCCGCGGCCGGCGGCCGUGCUCUGCCAGCAGUGCCGCGUCCACUACUGCUCCGAGUGUCAGCGCCGGUGUCACCCGCGCCGCGGGCCGCUGGCCGAGCACAGCCUGCUGCCGGCGCCGGCGCCCGGGCCGCCGCCGCCGCCGCCGGCCGCCGACCCGCUGCGCUGCUGGCGACACCCCGCCGCCGAGUACGAGCUCUUCUGCGCCGCCUGCGACGAGCUGGCCUGCGCCGAGUGCCGGGCUGACGGCGGGCACAAGGGCCACGAGCUGCACCCGCUGGCAGACGCCGUCAAAGCUCAGAAGACGGCGCUCUCGCGAACACUUCAGUCUCUCUCGGAGCGGGCCAAAUCUGCGACAGAGGUCAUCCACCGGCUGAGGAAGGCGCCAGAGACAGUCGGCGAGUCAUGCGCCGCUCUGGAGCAGGCCAUUAGUGACCAGUGCGACGCGCUGGUGGCCGCAGUGAUGGCCCGAAAACAGCGACUGCUGGCGCACGUCCGGCAGGAGAGCCAGCGCAAAACGGCUGCGGCCAGGGAACAGGUCACCUCGUGGACCGGGCAGAUCCAGCGCACCACAGGAAUACUGCGCUUCUGCAUCGAGACGCUCAAAGAGCCCAACAGCGUGGCCUUUCUGCAGAUGGGCGGCAAGCUGCAGUCUCGCGCCGACUCUGUGCUCCUCAGCAUUGAUGAGGAGCUGAAGGCGCUCACUCAGUCUCAGUCUCAGUCGCAGUCCCAGGUGGAGCUCACGCUGGACACGACCUCUGUCGAGCACGCCAUCAAACACAUGUCCUUCAUGCAGAUGAAACCGCCCGGCCCGCCGGUGAUCGUCCACGAGGAGUGCUGCUCCGAGAACAACAGCGUGGUCCUGUCGUGGCGAGCCGACGCCGCCAGUUUUGUGGAGGGUCACGUCCUGGAGCUAGAUGACGGCGGCGGCGGACCCUUCACGGAGGUGUACUGCGGCUCCCAAACGGUCUGCACCAUCGACGGGCUGCACUUCAACUCGGUGUACCGGGCGCGGAUCCGCUCCUACAACGCCACCGGGCCGGGCCCCUACAGCCAGCCGGUCAGACUGCAGACGGCUGAAGUGGCGUGGUUCGCGCUGGACCCGGUCGUCUCCCACCCGCAGCUGCGUUUCUCCGACUCGGACAGCGCCGUCACCUGUGAGAGCUUCGAGCCGUGCGUGGCGCUGGCCACCACCGGCUUCUCCCGCGGCACCCACUACUGGGAGUUCACUCUGGAGAGAUACGACGGUAACGCCGACCCGUCGUUCGGCGUGGCGCGGCUCGAUGUCACCAAGUCGCAGAUGCUCGGAGCUGACUCUCUGGGCUGGAGUAUGUACAUUGACGCCCAGCGCUCGUGGUUCAUGCACUCGGGCCGGCACGAGGGCCGUGCUGAGGGAGGGGUGCGCACCGGCUCUGUGGUGGGGGUACUGCUGGAUCUGGCCACCAAACAACUGAGCUUCUUUGUCGACGGGCGGCCGCAGGGCGGCGUGGCCUUCACGGAGCUCUCCGGCACGUUCUACCCGGCCGUCAGCAUCAACCGCAACUGUCGGGUGCGUCUGCGCACCUCGCUCGAACCGCCCACCAGCGAUCUGUCCGGCUCCGACAGUGACGGCAGCUAGGGUAGACAGCGGGAGAGGACAGUUGGCCUGAGGGGCGGGUAGGUCACCCAGCGAGAGACGGCAGGACAGGAUGGGACAGCCGGGGACGGCGGGAAGAGCCGACUCAGCGACUGGCGGAGAGACUCGUUCCUGUGGUGUGGAGCUGUGGUCUCAUCAGUUCGGUUAGAAUGACUGAGAGGUCCCCGAAAGCCCGUGUUUCUCUCAGUGUGUAGAGAGAGUUCGCUGGAUAGGGACUACUGGAAGACAGGCUGUUGAAAUGUGAGUUUAUGUCUGACGCCAGUGAGACACUGUUCGUCCAUGAAGAAAUCCACGGAUGACAAUAUCGCCGCUCCUGACGAAGUUGGCUGAACUAUCGUGGUCUCAUCAGAGGCAAUCGAGGGCUCAGGUUUCGUCAAUGAAACACGCCCUUGUAUAUUCAUCUCAGUUUCUAGAAUCACCGAUAUGUUUGUUACAUUGCGAACGAAGCAUGUUGAUCAUUUUGGUCAGACUUGUGCGGACGUGUUGGAAGUUUCAUAGUGUAUUUUUAUUCGUACCAUGUCGAGUUUUGCUUUGCUUUGCUUCCAACACCCGCGAUCACCUUAUGUGCAUUAUUUGUGCAGCGCUAGUAACUUGAGCUCUCACAUCUAGCGUUGUCAAUUUUAGAAUACGUCCGUGUGUUUACGCUGUUUUUUUAUGUAGUUGUUGCUUACUGCGUCAUAGUUCAUUUGAUAUUGUUUUGCACCGCUGGCAUUUAAUGGUCACCGUUCCUUAAUCCGUAGAGAUCUCGUCUGUGUGUUAAGCUCGCUUCGUUUUUAACCGUCCGAUCAUCCGCUCAGUUUUCCUUUUAUCUUCCACGCGUACUCUGCCGAGUUGCCCGUUUCUCUAUGUGCUUGAUUUUAUUUCCACCUUUGCCUUUCUUAGGUCGGGGUACUUUUCGGUGGGUAUUUUGUUUGUCAUCAUUUGUCAUGUGGUACGCUGCAAAUGCUCGACCCGAUCCCCUCCAGAAUGCCUUUAAACGUAACUAUAGCAGGUAAAAGACAGCGCCUUAUGACAUUCAUCUAAGCGAGCUAGCACUGCGCGUUGUGGGAGCAGCCGUUGCUCCCUAUUACCCUGAGCAGUAGAUGCUACACCGAGAUGUGAUAUCAGAUCAUUUUCCUCUCACAAAACCAUUAAAUACAUCCUUUUCUGCUAUAUCUUACCAGAGUACAAGCCCAGCCUUUUUAUCUGUGUUCUGUGUGUGUGAUUGAACUCUGAUGUCUGUAAUCUUCGUGCUUUGAAGGACCUCAUAUUGGUCCUGAAACCAUUUUGUAUCGAUGUUGUAACGACACCAUACAUUUGCCGGGUCAAAUGACUAUGGUUGUCCCACAGAGUCUCAUAGAAGCUCCUUGCUCUGCUUCCUUACAUUGCUCAACUGCCUUACAAGUGUUAUACUGCCCUGUGUGUGUGUGUGUGGAACGCCCGAUACUGCCUUGUGAGGAGUGCAAGCGUUGCCAGCGUUCUGUGUGUCGUACGCGGUGUCUUAGCCGAGAAUUCGUUUGAGUGAAUGUUGAACGUGAUACCUGAUGAUCCUCGGUAUGCUACGCAGUCAGUGAGUGUUCAGUGUGCAGCGAACGUUAUCAAUAUAAAGUGAGAGCAUUUA